AUGAGUUCCUCAAACCACACGUUGGUGAUGUUCUUCUUUCUAACUGGGAUUUCUAAUAUCCCAGAGCUGCAGCUUCCAGUAUUUCUUCUGGUUUUCCUUUCAUAUCUCAUCACUCUUGUUGGUAACAUCACUAUUUUUCUCCUGGUCUGCCUGGAUCAUCACCUCCACACCCCAAUGUACUUCUUUCUCUGCAAUUUGUCCAUUCUGGACAUGUCCUCCUCCACCGUCACAAUGCAUAGGAUCUUCGUCAACUUUAUUACAGGAGAUACCACAAUAUCCUUUUUUGCUUGUAUGACCCAAAUGUAUAUUUUUGCAUCGUUAACUAGUGAUGAGCUGCUUCUGUUGACGAUUAUGAGCUAUGAUCGUUACAUGGCCAUCUGCAGCCCCUUGCGUUAUCACACUGUUAUGUGUCUUAAGUUCUGCAGCAAGUUGACUGCCUUCUGUUGGGUGGUUGGGUUCCUACAGGUGUUGCCUCUUGUUGUCAUGCUUUCACGCAUCACUUGUUUUAAGACCACUGAGAUCAACCACUUCUUCUGUGAUAUCAUGCCCCUUAUAAGACUUCCUUGUGAGGACAUCUCCACUUUGGAACUGUACAAUUUCAUCAAUGGACUAAUCCUGGCUGUAUUUCCAUUCUUCCUCACGUUCAUCCCUUACAUAUUUAUUGUCAUCGCUAUUCUCAAAAUUCGUUCUUCUACCGGGAGACGUAAAACUUUCUACACUUGCUCCUCGCACCUCACGGUCAUAAUACUUCUAUACACUUCUCUGGUUUGCCAGUAUCUCCAACCAGAUUCAAUGGUUAGCAAAGGCUCCAAUAAACUUUACUCUCUGUUUAAUACCGCGGCGGUCCCCAUGUUGAACCCCUUAAUUUACAGUUUGAAAAAUAAAGACGUGAAGGAAGCUCUAAAGAGGAGAAGGAGAACGAUGGCAUUAAUUAAUUAG